UCCCCCGCCCCUCCCCCCGCCCCCGCCCUCCCGGCGCGGUGGCCGCGGAGAGAAAGUAAGGUGAAAAAGUCCAAGUGCUGCUGCGGGCGCGAUGGGGGCCGGCUCCUCAAGCUACCGGCCAAAGGCCAUCUACCUGGACAUCGAUGGACGCAUCCAGAAGGUGGUUUUCAGCAAGUACUGCAACUCCAGCGACAUCAUGGACCUGUUCUGCAUCGCCACUGGCCUGCCUCGGAACACCACCAUCUCCCUUCUGACCACGGAUGACGCCAUGGUCUCUAUCGAUCCCACCAUGCCUGCGAACUCAGAGCGAACUCCCUACAAGGUGAGACCUGUGGCUGUCAAGCAACUAUCUGAAAGAGAAGAACUCAUCCAGGGUGUGCUGGCCCAGGUGGCAGAGCAGUUCUCCAGAGCGUUUAAGAUCAACGAGCUGAAAGCAGAAGUUGCAAACCACCUGGCCGUGCUGGAGAAACGGGUGGAACUGGAAGGACUUAAAGUGGUGGAGAUCGAAAAAUGCAAGAGUGACAUUAAGAAGAUGCGGGAGGAGCUGGCCGCCAGAAACAGCAGGACCAACUGUCCCUGUAAAUACAGUUUUUUGGAUAACAAGAAGCUGACACCCCGACGUGAUGUCCCCACUUACCCCAAGUACCUGCUCUCCCCAGAGACCAUCGAAGCCCUCCGGAAGCCCACCUUCGAUGUCUGGCUUUGGGAACCCAACGAGAUGCUGAGCUGCUUAGAGCAUAUGUACCAUGACCUCGGCCUGGUCAGGGACUUCAACAUCAACCCCAUCACACUCCGCAGAUGGCUGCUCUGCGUGCACGACAACUACAGGAACAACCCCUUCCACAACUUCCGGCACUGCUUCUGUGUGACGCAGAUGAUGUACAGCAUGGUCUGGCUCUGUGGCCUCCAGGAGAAGUUUUCCCAGAUGGACAUCUUGGUCCUGAUGACCGCAGCCAUCUGCCAUGAUCUGGACCACCCAGGGUACAACAACACAUACCAGAUCAACGCCCGCACGGAGCUGGCUGUGCGCUACAACGACAUCUCACCACUGGAGAACCACCACUGCGCCAUUGCCUUCCAGAUCCUGGCGAGGCCCGAGUGCAACAUCUUCUCCAGUGUGCCACCUGAGGGCUUCAGGCAGAUCAGGCAGGGCAUGAUCACAUUGAUCUUGGCCACCGACAUGGCAAGGCAUGCUGAAAUUAUGGAUUCUUUCAAAGAAAAAAUGGAGAAUUUUGACUACAGCAAUGAGGAACACCUGACGCUGCUGAAGAUGAUUCUCAUAAAAUGCUGCGAUAUCUCCAAUGAAGUCCGUCCCAUGGAGGUGGCAGAGCCAUGGGUGGAUUGUUUACUGGAAGAAUACUUCAUGCAGAGCGACCGUGAGAAGUCAGAAGGCCUUCCUGUGGCCCCAUUCAUGGACAGGGACAAAGUGACCAAAGCAACAGCCCAAAUUGGGUUCAUCAAGUUUGUCCUGAUCCCAAUGUUUGAAUCAGUGGCCAAGCUCUUCCCCAUUGUCGAGGAGACCAUGCUACGGCCACUCUGGGAGUCUCGCGAACACUAUGAGGAGCUGAAGCAGCUGGAUGACGCCAUGAAGGAGUUACAGAAGAAGACAGACAACUUGACAACUGGGGGCACAGAAAACGCCACAGAGAAGAACAGAGAUAAGAAAAACAGUGCAGGACAUUCUCCUCCAAACUGACGGCUCAAUGUGUGCCGUAGAGAACAGAAGAGGGCGCUGGAUAUACUGGAGCUGGAGUUACAGGCGGUUGUGGAUCCUGGAAUUCGAACUUGGGAUCCUCUGCGAGAGCAGUGCUGGCUCCACCACUCCCCAGCCCAGGUCUUUCUGCUUUCUGGUCCCAUGCAUCCUGUUACCAUCUCAACUUCCCACUGGGAUCUGACUGUGCCAUCUCCAGUGCCCGCAGAGACAACAUGCCAUCUUCCUCUUUUUCCAGCAGACUGGACUAGUUAAAGCAACCGAACCAUGGCCUCUGAGUGGACAGGGAUGGGGAACCUCACAGGAUCCUCCACGCAAGGACGGUCACACCCAGGCGACCCCGGAUGACCUGCGACAGACCAUGUUUUCUAAGAACCGUUUUGUUCACUGAUAUAAAAAAAGGAAUUCAUGAUGCUGUACAGAAUUUUUAUUUUUAAACUGUCUUUUAAAUAAUAUAUUCUUAUACUGAAAUGGGUCUGUACUUUUUCUUUGGGUUUUGCACUCGGGCUUCCAAGGACUCUGGUUUUCCCUGGGAUGUAUCUUCAAAUGGUUGAGCAGUAAUGUGACCCAAGGGUCCAUGUAAAUUCCACAUUAAACAUGAGAAUGGUGCCCGA